AUGGUUCAUCCCCCACCCAAGAAGCUAGGCUCUAAAGUUAGCUCGAUCGCAAGCUUAUUUCAGCAACAGGGUCAGGCAACACAGGCUAUAACUCCAGAAAAAGCUAAAUCUUCAACUCGGAACGAGAAGGUCCUGGACAACUCGGUGACAACGCCUCUGAAAGAUACGAGUCCGUUCGGUCACCGAACGAAGCAGGGUACUUCUGCACAGAACGGCCACGGGACUCCGCCCAGAGGAAGUCAUCCUAACGGAGGAGGAGGAGAAAGUCCUCUUUCUAGGAGUGACAGCCAUGUCUCGAGGUUCCAGGAUGCUCGCGCGAUGUUUGCCAAGCUCGAAAGCGAGCAGAAACGAUCUCCUUGCUUUGACCGGUCACUUUCGACGUCAAACUCGAGGCCGGCGUCCGGAAGGACCACUCCCGAGGAUUUUCUGGAACGCCAGACCUUUAAGGAGUCUCUAGCGCUCCAGAAGUCUCAAUCCGAAGAUAAAAACUCCGGUAGUAAAACCAGCGGAUCAUCGCAUCCCAGCAAGAAACCGCCCUUGCCGAGCAAACCCAAGUCUCUGCUUCAAGAUAAUAGUCCUUUAUAUUCACGGCUGCAACAAGUCCAAGCGGCUCAACAGAACGGCGCGCUUCACGCGGACGGAAAUCGGAGACCUCCCGAGCACCAGAUGGGCCCCGAUGCCGAGACCGGUUCCCAGCCAGAGUCGCUUACGUCCUCGGACAUCAAUCCUCAAAGACUCGACUCCGGUUUUACCUCGAUCGAAGACGAACUCGACGAUGUGAGCGGCCGGUCGCCCCAGGAAGGUCGGAGGAGAGAGAUCGACAAAGCCAAUCCGCCAAGCAUCAUCGAACGGCUCGACCUCCGGAACGAACCGCUCAAAUCAGAUCAAUUGAGUCCGGUGACGGAGGUAUCCACAGCCGAACAAUCAUCGGAAAACUCAGUGAGCAUACGUCAAUCGGUACGGGAUGGCGUUCAACACGCGGAAGAGAUUCAUAUCUCGUCCAGUGAUAACAGUUCGAGCCAGGCCGACGAGAAAACGCUGGAAGGCAAGGGAGGAUCAUCGAGUGACUCCACUUUGCGAGAAGAAGCCAAAGACGGCGAUGCAGGAGGUGCGGGCGAUUCCCUGGCUGAAUUCAUGACCAAAGAUGAACAUGAUCGGUUGCUCCUUAACAGCAGUGGCCCGAUCAACAACGCUGCUCGUCAACGAGCCGCAGAGGAUCUCGAAGAAGACGAAGAGAUUCUCACCGACGAACAGGCCAAGGAAGUGUGCCAAAUCCUCAAAGACAACUCGUUCGAGAAGAACGAACAGCUGAUCCGGGAGGAGUACGAGGAGGAGCAGAGACGACAGAACCGGCUGGCCGCUCGGGAGCAGUGGGUCACGGGGAGCAUCGAUGCUGAAGAGCUCGCCAGCCCCGUGACCGAGAACAAUCCCAUCAACAAUACGUACUCUGUGGGUCUGGCGAGUCCCGCGGGCAACACGUACAACUACGACGAUUCGAUGGAGGAGGACGUCUUGGAUCGCACGUUGCCUGCAUCGCCCGAGCCCGAGUCGGUCGGUUCUCUGCACAUCGACGAGGACGGUCACUACUACGUCGAGAGACCUGGUCUCGCGGAGGAUCCUUUCGAAGACGACGAUUUGCUUGACGAACAGCCGCCGGAAAUGGUGAUCAUCAAGAAGGCGAGCAAGAUCCGCUUUUCGGCACUACCGAUACGAGUGUAUCUGACGCAUUCGGUGGAUGAGUACGACCGAAGAAACGAUGAGAUCGACCCGGUCUCGGCUUCUGCGGAAUACGAACUCGAAAAACGCAUUGAGAAAAUGGACGUUUUCUCCGUCGAGCUCAUGAAGGGGCCCGAGGGCCUCGGGCUGAGCAUCAUCGGAAUGGGUGUCGGUGCCGAUGCCGGCUUGGAGAAGCUCGGCAUCUUCGUCAAGACGAUCACACCGAACGGUGCGGCGGCCAUGGACGGCAAAAUCGAAGUCAACGAUCAAAUCAUAGAAGUCGAUGGCAAGUCCCUCGUAGGGGUCACGCAAGCCUACGCGGCUUCCGUGCUCAAGAACACGUCGGGACUUGUCAGAUUUCGGAUCGGUCGUGAACGGGAUCAGACGAACAGCGAGAUCGCGGCGCUGAUCGCCCAGUCGAUCCAGGCUGAUCGCGACAGAGAGCAGCGUAUGCGAAUGAUGCACGGAGAAUACCACGGAGAUCAAGGCCACCGACACGGUUCCCCCGAGCCUAUCUCGACUGGACCCUCAACACCUGAAGAGGGUGAGGAUUUGCCCAUCAUUGACGCUACACACGAUCCUCACGGCGAGGAUGGUAGUGGUACCGAGGACAACGAGGGCGGCCAAAGUCAGCUGUCCAUGCGCUACAAGGAGCUGCAGUACCGCUACGCAGUGGUCGAGUCGCAGCUUCGAGCGCUCAAAGACAAGCUCGACGCUUCAGAAGAAGAGAGGACACGAUUGGGUCAGCAGUUGCACAUUACCCAACGCCGGUUAGAGGAGGCCCAGCGGAACCUGGAGGAAGCCAACGAAAGGUGGAAUGCAGAAAACGAACUGCUCAAGGAUCAACUGGACCAGAGUGAGGCGAAGUACCAGCGCCUGAGGAAGGGUCUCUCGGAUCGACACGAAGAUCACGUGAAGAUCGACAUAGAAAAAGAUCAGCAUUACAACCAGAUUGUAAAGAAUCUUAAAGAUAGGGUUAUCCAAUUAGAAAACCUGCUAGAAACCAGUCAGAAAAAUGAGGGAAUGCCGAUCGGUGUCCCGAAACCGAGGCAGAACCGGGCCAAGAGCCUCGAUGAGUCGGUGAUUCUUCUGAGUGAUAUGAUCCCAGCCACGGAGUUUCUAGAUUCGAGCGCGGCCCGUGCAAAGGCUGAACUUUGCAAAGGUCGUGGUAUCCGACAGCCCCCAAAACAUUUAAGGAAAACUCUGUCUACUGAGGAAUCUCACAUGAUCAACUCCUCCACCGGUGUUCAGCUGCUCUCUGCUCGCAUGAAUACAUCGUCACUCCAAAGGAAUGGCCACCACGCCGUCAGCCCUGCAGGAAUUCACAACGGCGGCCACGGAGGCUUGCCUCCCAUGUCUCCGGGCCCCGGGGUCGGCUGCUUCGAUAUGGGCUCUCUGCUGCACAAAGUGAACUCGAGCUCUCGGCUCGACGCCUAUCAGAGGGGCGUUGUCGCUUGGAGCCCGAAUCAAGUAAUGCAGUGGCUGGUGGCUGUCGGCAUGCAAAACCAUGUUCCGGCAUUCAGCUCCCGAGGAAUCACGGGUGAUCAGCUGUUGGAACUGAACAAUGACAGACUGAAAGACUUCGGCAUUCGCGAUAGUGGCGAACGUGCUCUCCUUAAGAAAAUUAAGGAACUCAGAAGAGAAGUUGACCGCGAGAGAAAGGCCUACCGCAAAGAGAUGGAAGCCAAACGCUAA